AUGUCUACUACAGCUACUACUAAAACAGUUAAUAGAGGAUCAGCAAAUAGAGAACAAGAUUUAAAGAAAUCAUUAAAGAUAAAGAUUGAUAUAUUGAAAAGAUUACAUAAAGAUUAUGAAUAUUAUCAAAAGGAACAAAAGAGUCAAAUAGAAUUGAUUGAGAGAUUCAAGAAUGAUGCUGCAAAGGAUGAAUACGAUGUAAAGAAACAAGAAGAGAUUUUAGAGGAAAACAAAACAAUGAUUGUCGACACGAUCAAACGUAUCACUGCUGCCAUUACAACAUGCACUGAAUUCAUGGUUGAACACGAAGAAAAAUCAGAUGAAUUGGAACAAUGGAAUGAAGCUUUGGAAUUGGUAGACAAAUAUAGUGAUGAAUUUAUUAAAGAAUAA